UCAAGAGGGCCGUUCCUUAACAAAGGGAAAGAGAUAAAUGUAAAUAAGCUCACAUUUUCAGAAUGAGCAGUUUGCUGUAAGAAGCUUUGCAGCCCAGGCAGCCCAGAGUCUGCUACUUUGGGCUGGGCUAAACUUUCCCUGUAAAAACAAAAAUAUGGAUUAAAAUAUGCACUUCUAAACUGCAAGUUGCCCGUUUACAUGUUUCUUAGCCAAUUGUCUACAGGCAUGAGCACACUUUUUCAUCUAGCGCACUCUUUCUUGGGGAAUAUUGCUCUCUGGAGAAGUGUGAAAAUCAAUUCUCCUUAAUAUUAAGAAUCCAUUGGAGGAAAUUUCUAACUACAGUUCUUCCAGAAAGUUCAUUGAUCACCCAAGUCUUGGAUAAAAUUGGUGCUGGAAUUUGGUUUGAACUAAUGUGGAGGAAAACAUUUCCUACCAGUCCUUAGUCUCAGAGUGCUGAACCCUGCAGCCAGCAGGCAUCUUGAAAAAAAAUCCAUGGGUGACAGAAGAUUCAUUGACUUCCAAUUCCAAGAUUUAAAUUCAAGCCUCAGACCCAGGUUGGGCAAUGCUACUGCCAAUAAUACUUGCAUUAUUGAUGAUUCCUUCAAGUAUAAUCUGAAUGGUGCUGUCUACAGUGUUGUAUUCAUCCUGGGUCUGAUAACCAACAGUGCUUCUCUGUUUGUCUUCUGCUUCCGCAUGAAAAUGAGAAGUGAGACGGCUAUUUUCAUCACCAAUCUGGCCCUCUCUGAUUUGCUCUUUGUCUGCACUCUACCUUUCAAAAUAUUUUACAAUUUCAACCGCCACUGGCCUUUUGGUGAUACCCUCUGCAAGAUCUCUGGGACUGCAUUCCUAACCAACAUCUAUGGGAGCAUGCUCUUCCUUACCUGCAUUAGCGUGGAUCGUUUCCUGGCCAUUGUCUAUCCCUUCCGAUCUCGUACCAUUAGGACCAGGAGGAAUUCUGCCAUUGUGUGUGCUGGAGUCUGGAUCAUAGUCCUCAGUGGUGGUAUUUCGGCCUCUUUAUUCUCCACCACUAAUGUCAACAAUGCAACCACCACCUGCUUUGAGGGCUUCUCCAAACGUGUCUGGAAGACUUAUCUGUCCAAGAUAACCAUAUUUAUUGAAGUUGUUGGUUUUAUUAUUCCUUUGAUAUUGAAUGUCUCUUGCUCUUCUGUGGUGCUAAAAACCCUCCGUAAGCCUGCUACACUGUCUCAAAUUGGGACCAAUAAGAAAAAAGUGCUGAAGAUGAUCACAGUGCAUAUGGCAGUCUUUGUGGUAUGCUUCGUACCCUAUAACUCCGUCCUUUUCCUGUAUGCCCUGGUGCGUUCCCAAGCUAUUACCAAUUGCUUGUUGGAAAGAUUUGCAAAGAUCAUGUACCCAAUCACCUUGUGCCUUGCAACUUUAAACUGUUGCUUUGACCCUUUCAUCUAUUAUUUUACCCUUGAAUCCUUUCAGAAGUCCUUCUACAUCAAUACCCAUAUCAGGAUGGAGUCUCUGUUUAAGACUGAAACACCUCUGACCACAAAACCUUCCCUUCCAGCUAUUCAAGAGGAAGUUAGUAAUCAAACAACACAUAAUGGUGGUGAAUUAAUGCUAGAAUCUACCUUCUAGGUACGAGAACAAUCUUUAGGUCCAGAUAUGGUUUCUUCUAUGGUUUUUUCUAUGCUAUAAAUAAAAGAUUUGAAGCUAAUGAUACUGAGAAUAGAUUAAUGUACUGAAUACAGUCAGAUACAUUGAUUUGAAUGUUUAUUGUACAUAUGCUGUUUUGUUCAAUAAUUAUAGGUCAAGUCUAAUUACAACAACCAAAAGCUAUUAUCAAACUCUUCUGUGUUGGGUUGGGAAUUCCCUGUAGCAGAUUAUGUAAGUGGAUAGUAGCCUUGACUUCAGUGAUAUGGAGAUUGCUUAACAACUUUAAAAAAGGGACAUUUUCAUUACAAUAAUAUUUGGUAAUUAGGUUGGGUCUAUAAAUAUAGAACAAAUUCAGGGAUUAUUUAAAAAACAAACUUUUGUGUUACUACUGAUACAUGCUUGUCUUUUUUUUGAAUCGUCAUUGAGUUUAUUUUAACUUAAUAUUAUUAAUAAAAAUGUUUAAAAUUUAAA